GCGGCUACAGUCACAUGAGUUAGUUCUGUAUUUAUUGAUGGAUUUUACUUCCCGCUGCUCUUGCCAGCUGUGAAGAUGUAUUUGGGGGUGCUGUUCUCGCUGUUAGGAGCGGUAGGAGUUUUCGGGGCUCCAGAAAAGGAUGAAAUCAAGUUUCUCCCUGGACUUUCGAAACAGCCCAGCUUCAAGCAGUACUCUGGCUACUUCAAUGUAGCUGGGAAUAAGCACCUCCAUUACUGGUUUGUGGAGUCGCAGAAAAACCCAGCCAGCAGCCCAGUGGUUCUGUGGCUGAAUGGGGGUCCGGGAUGCAGCUCUUUGGAUGGAUUUCUUACAGAACACGGUCCUUUCCUGAUCCAAGAUGAUGGCACUACUCUAGAGUACAAUCCCUAUUCAUGGAACAUGAUUGCCAAUAUGUUAUACCUGGAGUCACCAGCAGGUGUCGGGUUUUCCUACUCUGAUGACAAGAAGUACACGACCAAUGAUACAGAGGUGUCCAUGAACAACUACCUGGCCCUGAAGGAAUUCUUCCGACUCUUUCCUGAGUACAGUAAGAAUGAAGUUUAUCUGACUGGCGAGAGCUACGCAGGAAUUUACAUCCCUACUCUGGCUGAGAGAGUUAUGGAAGACAGUAGCAUCAACCUGCAGGGUAUAGCUGUUGGAAAUGGCUUGUCCAGCUAUGAGUUGAACGACAACUCUCUGGUCUAUUUUGCCUAUUACCACGGACUGUUCGGAUCCAGUUUAUGGUCAUCUCUGCAGAAGUACUGCUGUAAAGAUGGAAACUGUAACUUCUAUAACAGUCCUGACCCAGACUGCUCAGCCAGCGUAUCACAGGUCCAGAAUAUUGUUUACAGUUCUGGACUGAACAUUUAUAACCUGUACGCUCCUUGUGCUGGGGGGGUUGGAACAAGUGUUGAAAAUGGACGACUUGUGAUCCGCGACAUGGGCAACAACUUCAUUAACCACAAGUGGUCUUCAUUAUGGAACCAGAAACUGCUCGGUCUCUCUAUGUUUAAAUCGAUUAAGCUGGACCCUCCCUGUACCAACUCCACCGCGUCUGCUCUGUACCUGAAUGACCCUUACGUCAAGUCUGCUAUUCACAUCUCUCCCGAUGCUCUGGAGUGGGUGAUCUGCAGUGGGGAGGUGAAUCUGAACUAUAAUCGUAUCUACAUGGAUGUGAAGAAGCAGUACCUGAAGCUGCUGGGAGCAAUGAAAUACCGUAUUCUGGUGUAUAACGGAGAUGUGGACAUGGCUUGCAACUUCCUUGGGGAUGAGUGGUUUGUGGAGUCUCUGCAGCAGAAGGUUGAAGUGCAGCGCAGGACAUGGCUCUACUUCAAUGGCCAGAAUCAGCAGGUGGGCGGCUUUGUCAAGGAGUUCACCAACCUGGCUUUCCUCACAGUCAAGGGUUCUGGUCACAUGGUCCCCACUGAUAAGCCCAUAGCAGCCUACACCAUGUUCAGCCGCUUCAUCACCAAGCAGCCCUACUAACGCUGGUCCAGGGAGCUUCACACUGCUGCGCCGAGUCUGAGUUUGCACUGAGUCACUGUGAAACGCACUUGAGUUUGGCUGAGUGGCACAUUUUCACAUUUACAUCUGUUCAGAAUAAUCAAAUGCUUGUUAAAUGUUCUGCUUUCACUGUCUGUUGGCCCAUAGCGCUUUAGACCAGUCUGGAUCUUGUUUGUUGACCAACACUUAAGAGAUUUUGUUAAUAUUGAAGUGAAAUAAUUAUGGAUAGUGAUCACGUUCACAAUCUGAACACCAGAGGCUCACAGCAAAGUGAUCUUGGGUUUAAGUGGAGGGUUUGUUUUGGAUGGCUGCUAAAGUAGUUCUGAGUUAGAUUUUUUUAUGUUUAAUCAUUAAAGAUAGUUCAGCUACAGGUUUGUCUAUUAGCUUUAAAUGGUACUUUGUCUUUAUUUUUGUUUUAAGUUCAAAAGGGAUUAUUUUCACGAAUGACUCCUCUCACAGAAUGAGAACUGUUGACCAAAAUGAGUGUGAUCAAGAUGUAAUGUUUUCUUUGGAUUGGAUUAGCAUGGAUUGUGUUGAAUUGCUCAGGGUUGUUUUUAAAUGCUGUUGAAUUAUUUGUCUGAAAGUGCAAAGUGGAGGAAUCUGUGUGCCUUUGCAAUCUUUUUUUAUAUUAAAAUUGUUCUCCGA